AUGGCAACCCCCGCCGCCGUCGCGCUGAGCAUGAAGCUCCUCGUCGACCGGAAGGCGCGGCGGGUGCUGUUCGCGGAGGCGGGCAAGGACGUCGUCGACUUCCUCUUCUCCCUGCUCGCGCUGCCCGUCGCCACGGCCGUGAAGCUGGUCGGGGAGGGCUCCGUGGCCGGCAGCGUCGGCAACCUCUACGCCAGCGUCGACAGGCUCGACUCCACCUACGUCCAGCCCGGCGCCGCCAAGGACGCGCUCCUAUCGCCUACGGUGCUCUUGCCGGCAGGGGGCGCCAGCAGCUCCCUCCUCCGCCUGCCGGAGCCGUCGUCCGUGGAGCCGGAGUCCUUCUACAGAUGCACCAACACUAGCAAUGACAACUGCAGCUCCUACAUCACGGACGAGCACGGUAAGUCGUGCCCGACCUGUCGCUGCUCCAUGACGACGGCAGCGCAGUACCUCUCGCCGGCGAGGUCCGACCAGCAGACGGCGGGGGGCUCGGCGGAAGGGCUCGUGCAGGGCGUCGUGACGUACACGGUGAUGGACAACCUGGCGGUGACGCCCAUGUCCGCCAUCUCCGGCAUCACCCUGCUCAACACCUUCGCGGUGAGGGACCUCGCCGACCUCCAGGAGAAAACCGUGCAGCUCGGCCACGACGAGGGUCUGGCGAUUCUGAAGGCAUCGCUGGAGUCCAAGACCGUGCUCACCGACGUCUUCCUCGGCGACAAGAAGUGCCCAACACAAGGUCGUACGGCCUCCUUCACCGAUCCCCGGCGCGUGCUGUUCGCGGAGGCCGGCAAGGACGCCGUCGACUUCCUUUGCUCCCUCCUCGCCCUGCCCCUCGCCACGGUCGCCGCGCUGAUCGGGGCGGGCUCCGUGGCCGGCAGAGUCGGCACGCUCUACGCCAGCGCCGAGCGGCUCGACGACUCCUACGUCCUGCCCGGCGCCGACAAGAGCGUGCUCCUCCGCCCCGCGCCCGCAGACUCGCCGACCGCAACCGCCAGCAGCUGCAGCUAA